CCCAAUUCCGCCACGCGCCGCCGCCUCUUGGCACAUUUCCCCCCGAAUUUCGGCCGGUUUUUCUUCCGUCUGUCUUCGGUCUUGCUUUAAAACACUUCCCAACAAAGGCGCUUUCUUUACCAUCUGGUUCUGUCCGGAAAAACCAAUGACGUACCAGAAAACCUCAUCUCCACAGUCCCAACACUCCACUUCUUCAAAGUUCAAUCCCCGUCUUUCCCCCCUUUACAUCUAGACAGACAUCCUCAGCUAACGAAACCCCAGAAUGCAGAGAUCUCCUGAUUUUGUUGUCUGUCUCAACUGAAAUCUCUAUCUGCACAUUCUCUGUUUUAUUUAUAGCUUACUUCAGAAGAAAUCUUGCUCUCUGCAUCCCCCAAAAAUCAUGACUGCUUCUUACCCAGUUCAAGCUUCGAUCUUCACCUUCUUCCCGCAACUCGGAAUCUUUCUCCCGAUCUCCCCGACUUCCGUUUCCCCCUUCUUCCCGAUUUAGAAAUUCAAAGAUUCCACCUUUAUUACUUUUUUUAUUUUUGCUGAUUCUUUGUAGUUGGAGAGGCUAAGAGCCAUGGCGUUGGCUCGAAUGACUCGACUAGCUCGCCAAGCCAAGCGCCCAUUUGGGCUCUGCGCGAAAACGACGGCUGUAGGAAUACUGGGUCUCUGCUUCAUCUUCGUCUGGUCAAUUUUCUCCUCUCCUUCCUCCUCUGUCACCACUCAAAGGGAGAGCUUCGAUGACAUUGCGGAACCGAGUUCCAGCUCCCGGUCCAUACCGCUUCCACCGGUCAACAAGUCGAAUUCGAAUCAACCCUCCACUGAUUCGGAAUCUAAGAAAGCUCUGGAGUCGAAGCAACAGGAGACGCACAAGGUGAAUAAUGGGUCUGCUCCUGCGGGCAAUAAAGACCACCAAAAUCACCAUCAUCAUCAGGAGACUGCGAAACCUGUCAAGAGACAGAGGCAACAACAUGGGACUUCUGAAAAGGUUCCAUCUUCCGAGGGGGUUAAAGAAAAUGGGCAAGAGGGGGAUUCUGCAACUGAUGAAGACGAAGAAGAGGCAGGGGAAGUGGUGGAUGGAAAGGAGGAAGUAGGUGAGGGAGAGAGAAAUGAGAAUGGGGAUUUGGUUGAAGUAGAGAACGAAGAGGAAGAACAAGAUGAAGGUUCCGUGAAGGUCGAAAAGAGGAAGAAGCAGAAGUUUAAAGGUCCUGUAUUUGAUCCAAAUGGGCAUUACAGUUGGAGAUUGUGCAACACGAGGAGCAAGUUCAAUUACAUUCCUUGCAUUGAUAUGGAGACCAGCAGUGGGAAGUUGCAAAGCUAUAGGCAUACGGAGAGGAGUUGUCCAAGAAACUCUCCAAUGUGCCUUGUUCCUCUCCCUCAUGAAGGGUAUGGGACUCCAGUUCGUUGGCCUGAGAGCAAACUUAAGGUGUUGUACAAGAAUGUGGCACAUCCUAAGCUUGCGGAUUUUAUUAAGAGAAGCAGUUGGUUAGUGCAGUCUGGCGAAUAUCUUGCCUUUCCUCAGAACCAGACUGAAUUCAAGGGUGGAGUUGGGCACUACCUUGACUUCAUUGAGGAGAUGGUACCAGACAUUGAAUGGGGAAAGAACAUUCGAAUAGUUUUGGACAUUGGAUGUGGAGAUUCGAGCUUUGAAGCAUCCCUGCUUGACAAAGAUGUGUUGACUUUAGUGCUUGGAUUGAAGGAUGACUUAGUUGACCUAGGUCAGGUUGCCCUCGAGCGUGGUUUUCCUGCCAUAGUCAGUCCUUUUGGGACUAGAAGGCUCCCUUUCCCUAGUGGUGUAUUUGAUGCUAUCCACUGUUUCAGCUGUGGCAUUCCUUGGCAUUCUAAUGAGGGCAAGCGACUUCUGGAAAUGAACAGACUCUUGAGGCCCGGCGGAUAUUUUAUCUUGUCCAGUAAGCAUGACAACAUUGAAGUUGAAGAAGGUCAGGUUCAUGCCUCACCAUGCAUCUUAAGAGCUUUAUCCAUGACGAAGCUAACAGCAUCACUCUGCUGGAACAUUCUGGCUCACAAAACUGACGAGGAUAGUGAUGUGAGUGUGAAAAUAUAUCAGAAGCCUGAUUCAAAUGACAUAUAUGAACUCAGAAGGAAGAAAAACCCGCCUAUCUGCAAAGAAACCGAAAAUCCAGAUGCUGCUUGGUAUGUUCCCAUAAAAACCUGCUUGCACACUAUCCCAUUGUCAAUUGAGCAACGUGGGACAGAAUGGCCAGAGGACUGGCCAAAGAGGCUUGAGACUUAUCCAGAGUGGAUGAGCAACAAAGAGAGACUGAUUGCUGACUCUAGCCACUGGAAAGCAAUAGUCGAUAAGUCCUAUCUCGCUGGAAUCGGUAUUGACUGGUCGAGCAUACGGAAUGUGAUGGACAUGAAAGCCAUCCACGGAGGAUUUGCUGCAGCGCUUUCACAAUCGCAGAAGAACUUGUGGGUCAUGAAUGUGGUUCCGGUUCAUGCACCAGACACACUUCCCAUAGUAUACGAGCGUGGGCUCAUUGGCGUCUACCACGAUUGGUGCGAGCCUUUCAGUACUUAUCCAAGAUCGUACGAUCUUCUCCAUGCUGACCAUCUGUUUUCUCGGCUGAAGAACAGGUGUAAGCAGCCGGUAGCGAUAGUCGUGGAGAUGGACCGGAUAUUGAGACCCGGCGGGUGGGUGAUAGUGAGGGACAAAGUUGAGAUACUGGUUCCUUUGGAAGGGAUACUGAAGAGCUUGAAGUGGGAGAUGAGGCUCACUUAUGCUCAGGAUAAAGAAGGUAUGUUGUGUGCACAAAAGACCAUGUGGAGGCCCUAAAUGGAGGGGAAAUUUUAACUUCACUGUAAAUUCUGUACCUGUAAGUUUUACUUGGAUGAGUUGAAGAUGAGAUUUGUGAGAGAGAGUAGGUGUUACGAAGCCAACUUAGUUUCAGUUUUGGGUUUCUUCCAUUGCCUUGACAGAACAUAGAAAAUGUAUACUGAAUUACUGAUUCUUUUCUGCCACAAUUUUUUUUUUUUUUUUUUUGUUUCUCUUCAGUUUAACAAUUUACAAAAGCU